CUCGCCGUGCACCGCACCAUGGAAGCCGUGGCCACGGCCAGCAACGCUACCAAAAUCUUCUCCCACAGCGCGCGGUCGCUGAGCUUGUACGCGUCGGUGCUCAUCAAGGACGGCAUGAACGCACAGAAAGGCAAAACCAUCCUCGAGAAAAUCAUCAAGGAUGAACCCAGCUUCCUGCCCGCCGUGCUCAUCAUGAGCGACGUCUACAUUGCGGAGCGACGGUACGAGAAGGCCCAGGAGCUGCUGCUGCGUCAGGCUGCCGUUAAUUCUUGCUACCGCGUGCACGAGCGCCUUGCCGACGUGUACUCCAAGCAGCAGCAGCACGACCUCAGUCAGCACCACCAGACCAUAGCGCAGCAUUAUGCAAACCAGGGUAAACUUUUGUUCCAGGGCGACGUCGAGCUGAGCGACCUGGAUGCCGUGUGGUCGGACGGCGACUUCUCUUUUACUGGACAAUGA